AUUUCCGUAAACUCCUGCUGCAUGUUUAAGUCCGUUUAGUAAUUACGGAUGUCCUUUUACAAACGCCCACGUGUCUCUAUAUAUUGAAAGUCUUCUGAACAUUUAUAUUCACUGUUGUUCAUUAUUCAUACGAAUAACUUCGAUGCUGUCAAACGACACAGCAUUUUAUGUAGAAGCAUAAUAUCAACAUAUUCAGUCGGACAGUAAAACGGAUGAAUCCCAUCAUUCCGAGCAGUCACUGAAAGCAACAAAAGCAACACCUCGCUUGCACGCGACCAAGCGUUACGUUCCAACUGCAACUCCUCCCAAGCGCGACGUUCGCGCAUCGUGAAACGAGCGACUACCAGCGCCGGGCGGCACAACCUGCUCUAUCAGGAACACUUUGACGCUUGCACUGCCGCCGGCAGAGACACCCAGAAAAUACUGACACACCAAGCGGCGAGAGGAAGGCACCAUGAACCGCUUCAAGACCUCCAAAUUCAAAAACACCAUUCCGAAAAUCGCCAAGAAGGAUGGAUGGAUAAACAACGUCCGUGGCGGAUCCUUCACCUGCCAGGGAAACCAGAUCAAGGCGAGUGCCAAGCUGGUGGCCUUCAAUGCGGAGCAUGCUGCAGGCGGAAUGGUCGGCCUGACGUCUGUGAAACCUGCUGCGGAUGGACAAUGGAGCGUCACCCAGAUCUCCUGUCAUUCUGAUCUGGUGACCGACUUGGACUUUUCUCCAUUUGAUGAGAGUCUUCUGGCAACGUGCUCCGCGGAUGAAACAGUGAAGCUGUGGCAUUUGUGCGACCCAGAGCUGGGGCAGCCCCUGGCGCCCGAGCUCACUCUCAGACCUGGGUGGGGACUGCUGGAGCUGGUGCUCUUCCACCCGACCUCUUCCGGGCUGCUGGCCGUCGGCGCCGCCAAGUGCCCACUCAUUUGGGACACGGGCCGUCAGGAUGCGCCGCUCGCAGUUCUGGAGGAGCACGCCGACCAGCUGCAGAGUCUGAGCUGGAAACAGGAUGGUUCACUGCUGGCUUCCACCUGCAAGGACAAGCUGCUGCGAGUUUUUGACCCCAGAGCCCAGCUGAAACCAGUUCAGGUGAGUCUUGGUUCUUUUACUUGGGAAUGAAUGCGAGAAGAUAAAAU